CUAGAAAAACUUUAUUGGGAUUAAACAAUAUUUUGAACAUGUUUAAAUAGGCUUUGAACUUAAUUUAUUCGGCAGCCUUUGAAGCUAUAACCUAAAAAAGAAUUUUGGUCUGACAACUGACGUUUUUACGUCAAUGUCGCUAGACAUAUUCAUCAUUGUCUGGGUAAGCUUCCUGCCUUUGCUUUUGCAAAUAGACUUCCCUAGAUGCUUUGCAUGAGGUAUAAGGCAAAGCUGUUUGCUAAUUUAAGGCUGCAGUUUUUCUAACAUUCGUAACAGAAGGAUCAGAAAAAAAACAUUGAAACAAGUGUGGAGAAAUUUUACAGAGUAGAACAAAGCUAACGGAAAAAAGAGACGAAUAUGGCCUUACUUAAAGAAUUUGCAAUAAUGACUGUGUUAUUGCAUUUAACAAUGCCAUCUACAGUUGAGUCAUCAUUUGCCGUAGAUGGAUGCUUCUCGUCUAUUCCAGGAAGAACCACUUCAAGAAACGUUGGACGUUUCAAUUCCAACCACAAAUGUCAAAAGGUAUGUAAAGAUCUCAAAUUCAUAAUUGCAGCGACGAAAGGUCAUCUAUGCCGUUGUGGAAACAUAUAUCCUGAAGGAAAAAGAGUAAAAGAUUCUCGUUGUGCAACAUCAUGUCGAUCAUAUGCAUGGUCGUCUUGUCACGGUCCUAGCAAUUGCUGUGGCGGUCGUAAUGCAUAUUCUGUUAGUGUUGUUGGAGACUUUGAUGUAGCAAAACAUGUUCUUCAAAGAUUGUCUGUGAAGUGGCAGAAGAGCGUAUCCUACAGAAGAGAUAUGAAAGGUCUCGUUCGAGAACCUACUCGUCGACAUCAUAUUGAUAACUGGUGGAGAAGUUUUAACUCAAGAGGAUGGUCAACGUGUGGGUAUGGAAGAUACAUGACUGGAAUGUACAGAAAUAAACGAACCAAGUCCGAUCCUAUUUACCGACUUGAACAAGUGGAUUGUUAUGAUGCCCCUGGAUAUCUAUAUUCCCCAUCAGGAGAUCGAGAAUGUUAUGCGCAUAAUUGGUAUAAGACAUUUGAUAGGAGAGGUUGGGCAUUUUGUAAUAAUGGUUACUACAUGGCUGGGCUCUACAGAUCAUCUGGAAAUAAACUGUCCAAUAUUGAAUUAGCUUAUUGUUGUCGUCCUAAAACUCAAGUAAAACAAUGGGGACGCUGCUUGAGAAAGAACAACUGGAAAUCGUUUGACAGAAGAGGAUGGAGUUAUUGCCCAUGGGGUUAUUACAUGACUGGAUUGUACAGAAAUAAAUGCAACAAGUUGUAUUGCUUGGAAGAGUACUACUGCUGUAAAAUGGGUAGUUACAUUGGGCAAAGGCUAGUAGUAAGAUUAAGAGACAAAAGAGGCAAUUUGAGGAAAUGCUCCAUGGACCCAAGGGACAAAUCAAUAACAGCUUCGACCUUUCAAUGUACAACUUUGUCAGGUUCCCAUUGGGGAAUUUUGAAUUUAAACGCAAAAAACUUUAUCUUGAAAAAUAAGACACCAUUCAGUGUUGUUAAACUUCAACCAAUUCCUAAUUUUCGUCCAGUUGUUUGCUCAGGUUUUUACAAAGAAUAUACUUGUAAGAAACGUCUUUCAAUAACAAUUUCCGAAUCCUCUACGUUUAUCACCACUUUUGGUUUCUCUACUUCAGUUACACGUGGUUUUUCUGCAUCAAUUUCAAGUGGGGAACUUAUAAAAACACCAGUAUCGGCCACAUUUUCCAAAGAAAUAUCUAAAACAAAGUCCUUCUCCUGGGGAUCACGAAACACAACAACAAUUUCGAUAACAGAUACAACAGACGUCUCAAUCAAUGUCCCAACAAACGAUGAAAUUACAAUUAAUCUCAUGAAAUCUGUUCAGGAUCUGACGUACCAAUGGAAAGCAGAGUUUGAACUUAAUGGAUGGUAUUCUAUUGAGUGGAAUAAGUCUGGUGAUGAGAAAUUUCAAGCAGUGAAUACUGUAUUAUCAGGUCCCCAAGAAAGAAUAAAUGCAUUUGGUACAUGGAAAUAUCCACGCACUGCUCUCAUCAAAGUGUUGAUCACUGACAAAUUUGGGAAGCUAAGAAAAGUUAGUUGUGAACACAAACCAGGCAAAGCUAAACAAUGUCGGUUGUAAGAAAGAAGUUUGCUUGUAAGAAACAUUUUGCAUUUUCUACUUUAUUUUACAAAGUUCAAUUAAACAUUGGCUGCCUUGUUUAAUAAAUGAAACAUUUAUAGUUUAGGAAAAAAAACGUUUGAGUAGUUAAGUGUGCUUGUGACUAAGUAUCAAUAUUUACUGAAUGUUUGGUCUGGAAAAUGAUUGAGUUAUCGAUGUUGAUUGAUGUAUUUUUCUUUUUGUAUCACAAAAUAUACUCUUGUCCAAUUCUGAGUGAAAA